AAGCCCGGGCUGGAGCGGCCGGAGCGUGUGUCUGCGCCGGGAGCCUUCCGGUUCUGUUGCCGCCGGUCCCACGCCGCGCUCUCGCCGCGCCUGCCGCCCCCCGAGCCCCGAGCCCCGAGCCCCGAGCCCUGAGCCGCGCGUCCUCCGCCGGGCAUGCCCCGCUACGAGCUGGCUUUGAUCCUGAAAGCCAUGCAGCGGCCAGAGACAGCCACUGCUCUGAAACGCUUGCUGGAGGCGCUGAUGGACAAGGGAGCCAUCGUGAGGAGUCUGGAGAGCCUGGGCCAGCGCACCCUCCCAUAUACCAUGGCAGCCCAUGGCCAGCGCCACCGCCAAGGGGGGUACUUCCUGGUGGAUUUCUACGCGCCCACAGCCACCCUUAAAAACAUCACGGAUCACUUGUCUCGGGACACCGAUGUGAUCAGACCGACUAUCGUGAAACACCCUCUGACCCAGGAAGUGAAAGAGUGUGAAGGGAUUGUCCCCACCCCACUGGAAGACAAACUAUACUUCCCGAAGAAGAAGAAGUAGAUCUUAGUCCGCCUUCUGUUGGCUUCACUCACACACAAGCGUCCAAAAUUCAUAAAUUUACAAACUUGAUCUUUAUGUGAGAAUGUGAGAGUGUGUUUACAGGUGCCAUUCAGUUUCCCUAGGGUUUUUUUUUUUUUUUCCAGUUCCUGAUGCCCUUGCUGGGGGCAGCAGCUCACUCAGAGCCAGGCUGUCAUCUAUGUCCCUGCCACAGCAUCCUUGAUCUCCUGUCACUACUGUCUUUUUUUGUUUGUUUGUUUGCUUGCUUGUUUGUCAGCGGGUGCCCUGUGCCCUGGAACAGCUCAAACACCAUAGCGAAGAAGGACUCAGACAGAUCAGCUUUGACUUUGGAGUGAGACACUCAGAGUUGAUGAGAGUUAAUAGAUAAACUUGAAGGGACAAGACCCUGGGGUUCUCUAAGUCACCUUGGACCGAAGCAAUAAACAUGGCCUUGAAACACA